AUGUCUCUACAACAUCUGCUCAACUUUUGCUACACAUUUUCCUUUGCAAUUUUCUUGAUAAUCUUUUCUUCAUCCUUUGUAUGUGAAGGUGAAAUAUUUCAAGGAAUAAAAUGUCCUAUAGAAUCCAUAUAUCAGGUUGGAGAUUCCAUAUCAGAUACAGGGAAUUUAGUUCUUGCUAUCCCACAAGUUCCUGCUUCGCGCAAACCUUAUGGAAUAACUUUUCCAGGACACCCCUCUGGUCGUUGGUCUGAUGGUCGGCUUAUCAUCGACUAUAUCGCUGCAUCUCUUGGACUUCCACCAUUGAACCCUUACCAGGCGAAAAAUGCUUCAUUCCUCAAUGGUGUAAAUUUUGCUGUGGCUGGAAGCACAGUUCUCAACCCUAAGUUUUACAUAGCUCAAGGGACGUCGGUUCCACCACUUCCGCCGCUUCUUGUUCAGCUGGAAAAUUUCAAGAAAUAUCUCAAGUCAAUAUGUCUUACCCCAACAGAAUGUAGAGUAAAGCUUAGAAGAUCACUUGUGUUCGUGGGCGAAUUUGGGUACAAUGACAUCGGCUAUUCAUUUCAGCAAGGGAGAAGCAUUAAAAAAAUUCAAGACUUCUUGCCGUUGGUUAAUCGAGUCAUCCUCAAUGCCACAAGAGAGGUUGUUCAAUUAGGUGCGCAACAAGUCAUUGUGCCCGGAAUUUUUCCACUCGGAUGCUUUCCUUUCGCUUUGAGCUCGGUUGAUCGUGAUCAUGCAAACAUUUUUGACAAAAUCAGAGAUGAGUUAGGAUGCCUAAAGAACUUGAAUAAUAUAAUUGCUUCUCGAAAUAAUGACCUCCAAAGAGAACUAAGCAUUCUCCGUCUCGAAUAUCCUAAUGUUAACCUACUCUACUCUAACCUCUACGAUCCCUUUCUAUCACUUCUUCGUAAUGCACCUGCUCUUGGGUUUAACAUUAAAACGCUAUUCAGCGCCUGUUGUGGACUCGAGGGAAACUUUGUUAUUGUAGGCCCGAUUUUUUGUGGAAAUGGAGACGUACCGUUGUGCCCUAAUCCAAAUAACCAUAUACACUGGGAUGGUUUCCAUCUAACACAGGCUUCUUAUCACUAUAUAGCUAACUAUGUCAUACGCGAUUUGAAGCUGAAGUGCAUUUAAAAUAUUUUUCGCAAGAAUGAAUUCAAAGUAAUAAUAGUAAUAACAAUAAUCAACUUGGUUUGCUUAUAACAUUUUUUUUUUUUAGAUGCAAUUGAUGUUGUAAGAGAUUUAUUGGAUCAUUUACUGAAAUAGCAAUGUGGCUAUGAAUAAUGUAAUAGUAUAGUCAUGUAAAGAAUAAAACCAUAUC